AACAAGAGACAUCAUGUCAGUAGAAGCAGUUCCAUCAGUGGCACCCAGCAAUGGCGAGCAGGUGCAGACAGCAACAAGAGACAUCAUGUCAGUAGAAGCAGUUCCAUCAGUGGCACCCAGCAAUGGCGAGCAGGUGCAGACAGCAACAAGAGACAUCAUGUCAGUAGAAGCAGUUCCAUCAGUGGCACCCAGCAAUGGCGAGCAGGUGCAGACAGCAACAAGUGACAUCAUGUUAGUAGAAGCAGUUCCAUCGGUGGCACCCAGCAAUGGCGAGCUGGUGCAGCACCCAGUAAUGUUGAACAGGCUCAGACAGUAACAAGUGACAUCAUCUCAGUAGAAGCAGUUCCAUCAGUGGCACCCAGUAAUGGCGAGCAGGUGCAGACAGCAACAAGUGACAUCAUGUUAGUAGAAGCAGUUCCAUCGGUGGCACCCAGCAAUGGCGAGCAGGUGUAGACAGCAACAAGUGACAUCAUGUCAGUAGAAGCAGUUCCAUCAGUGGCACCCAGCA